UUUAAACGUCAUACAUCGUCUCCAUAGAGCUCCAGACUCGUCAUAAAAACAGAAGUGUGAAAACCAGAAACCUCAAUCAUCAGAACAGGCUUGGGUAUCUCAUAUCUCAUUUGACUUGAGGCUUUAUUGUUGAAUUCUUAUGACUGUUAAAUGCUGAAUAGCAAUGAUGUCGAACAGCUCUGAUUAUUUGGACAGUGUAACAUCCAGCAUGAUGACAACAGAGUAUUACUCUUAUGAAUAUGACCCUGAGGCAGAACCAUGUAAUUACAAUAAAGCUGGACAACAUUUUCUCCCGGUUCUCUACUCGCUGUUCUUUGUGGUUGGAUUCCUGGGCAACAUGCUGGUGCUGUGGGUGAUCCUGAGAGGUGUUCAGAUGAAAAGCAUGACUGAUGUUUCUCUCCUGAACCUGGCCAUUGCUGACCUUCUGCUACUCUUCACUCUCCCCUUCCUGGCUCACUAUGCAAGGGAUACCUGGGUUUUUGGUAAUGCCAUGUGCAGGCUGGUCCUCGGUGUGUACUACAUCGGAUUUUAUGCUGGAAUUUUCUUUAUCGUCUUGAUGAGCAUCGACAGAUACUUGGCUAUCGUCCAUGCUGUGUUUGCCUUAAGAAUCCGAUCAAAAAUGUUUGGGAUUUUAGCUAGCAUGGGCAUUUGGAUUGCAGCUAUAAUAUCAUCCUUUCCUGAGCUACAGCAUCUUGGAGUUGAAAAUGAUGCAACGCUAGUUUGUAAUGCUUAUCCAAAGAAUGUUGACCACAAUGAUGUUAGAAGUUUAGCAUUCAUAAAAAUGAACAUUUUGGGCCUGCUUAUUCCACUGAUUGUUGUGGGAUUUUGCUACUUGAUGGUGCUCCAGAGGCUUCAGACCAUCCGUUCUUCUAAAAAACUGGCCAUUCGCCUUGUUGUCGUGGUCAUGGUGGUCUUCUUCUGCUGUUGGACGCCGUACAACAUUGCAGCAAUCCUCAAAGCACUGGAGCUUAAGAAGAUCCUUAAUCCAUCUUGUAAGGGCAGCAAUAAUAUUCAACUGGCACUGCAAGCAACUGAAGCCAUAGCGUACUCACACAGCUGCAUCAAUCCGUUUCUCUAUGUGUUUGUGGGGGAAAAGUUCAGGAGACAACUCGCCAGGCUCCUGCGCCAGACACCAUGCGUCCAUGUGCAGUGUGUGAAGAGCUAUAUGAAUCAGGCUGCCGGCUCAGUGCAGUCCCGUACCACAAGUGUGGAUGAACGCAUAGUUAGUAUGAAUGUUGGAGGAGCAUGACAUUUUAUUCAGCAAAUAAAUCUCAUUUUGUAUGAGCUUAUAUAUCCUUAUAUAUAUCCCUUCUUAUAUAACCCAUACCUUUAGGUAAGUACAGAUUACCGUUCAAAGCAUUUCUGUAAAGCAUGCUUUCAGAAAAAAAAAGGG